CUUUUCCUUCCAUCUUCCAGCCAAGUACGUCCGUUCAUCUUCUCUUAUCAAUGACGCAGCCCAUCUCGUAGUCGUACGUCCGUUCCAUCUUCCAGCCUUUUCCUUCAUCUUCCAGCCGUACGUCCGCUCCAUCUCGCUCAAGGGUUCAUGCUCCGAACCACCAUCUUCCUCCACCAACUGGUCUGGUCCGACGGCGGUGAAGGGUGACGAAGUCCAACAGCAAGGCCUUCAACUCCGUCGUCGCCUCUACCGCUCCCUUCCUCCGCUGCCAGGUUUAGUCCCCGCCCUCGUCAUCGGAAAUCCUUUGAUUUUCUUCUCCUUUCUUCUGUUCCUAAAAAUCCGCUACUAGCGUCUGGGAUUUUAGAUUUGGAACUCCUGGAUCAUUUUCUUCUCACCGGCGUCUGGGAUUUCAGAUUGGGGGUCGGUGGCGGUGCAAAAAUGAUUGGGAAAGCUGGGGAAGAGGUUGGGCAGGUUCGUUCGGGAAUUGGACUAAUAAGGACGGUGACAAGGUGGGGGAUAGGUGAUGAUAGGUGUUGCAAUGGCUUAGCCAUCGUUGCUGGUAGGCUUGGCCCCGUUUGGGGCAGGGAGGGUGCUGAAUUGGGGCUGAACCGGUGGGGGCUAUUGCUGCCUAGGUGGGCUGGGGGGAUAGGGUGUGGCGGUGGCCGGAAGGGGCAACAGCAGUGGUCACAGGCGGCAAUUGCCAAAUUAGGCGGAGCGGGACUGCGUCGGUUAUGGAUUGGUGGUGCUUAGAGGAGAGAUUGGGAUAGGGGUGGGUUCGCUGACCGGAGUCACUGGCGGCGGUUGUCACUUGGCCGUGUCACUUGCGGCGAUGUCAUUGAGGCAGUGUCAUCGGUGAUUGUGUCACUAAGGCGGUGUCACCAGUGGCGAUGUCACUAAGGCGGUGUCACUGUGGCUAAAGGUUGGGGCGGAGACGUCACAACGGAGGUGUCAUUGUGAUCAGCGACGCCAGAGAUGUCACUGCGGAGAUUAGAAGCGAAAAUGUCACUACAGAAAUGUCACUGCGGAGAUGUCAUUGUAUAUUGGUCACAUUUUUGUCCAAAUAUAAAUGUGGUCACUUUUUUGGAAAUCAACUUUAAUUUAGUAAUAUUAAGGGAAUAACCCCAUAUAAUAACACAAAUUAUACUUUGUGACGGCACAAUCACUAAUGCGGUGUAACACCCCUAAAUUUCCCGCCCAAAACAUUGAUAUAUUUAAAAGAAAUACUUUAUU